CGUAUGGGCGCUUGGCGGCGGCGGCGGCUUUAAACGUCAUCGCGGGCGCGACGCCCCGAGGGACAGUCUGGAGUCCGGCUGUCGUUAAGGUGCGGCGGCGAGACCGGCAGGGAAGAUGCCAGUGGCGGUGAUGGCGGAAAGUGCCUUCAGUUUUAAAAAGUUGCUGGAUCAGUGCGAGAACCAGGAGCUCGAGGCUCCUGGAGGAAUUGCUACACCCCCAGUGUAUGGUCAGCUUCUAGCUUUAUAUUUGCUCCAUAAUGACAUGAAUAAUGCAAGAUAUCUUUGGAAAAGAAUACCACCUGCUAUAAAAUCUGCAAAUUCUGAACUUGGAGGAAUUUGGUCAGUAGGACAAAGAAUCUGGCAGAGAGAUUUCCCUGGGAUCUAUACGACCAUCAAUGCUCACCAGUGGUCUGAGACAGUCCAGCCAAUCAUGGAAGCACUUAGAGAUGCAACAAGGAGACGAGCCUUCGCCCUGGUCUCUCAAGCGUACACCUCCAUAAUCGCUGACGAUUUCGCAGCCUUUGUGGGCCUUCCUGUCGAAGAGGCUGUGAAAGGUAUAUUAGAACAAGGAUGGCAAGCAGACUCCACCACAAGAAUGGUUCUGCCCAGAAAGCCAGUUGCAGGGGCCCUGGAUGUUUCCUUUAACAAAUUUAUUCCCUUAUCAGAGCCUGCCCCGGUUCCCCCAAUCCCCAAUGAACAGCAGUUAGCCAGACUGACCGAUUAUGUGGCUUUCCUUGAAAACUGAUCUGUCACCCUGAGUUCAAGAUCUACCUUCAGAAUCCUGUAUACUGACAAAGUAGAAAUGUAAAAUUUUUAUUUUCAAUUUAUUGGAUGGAUGAAGCACCUCAGCAUUCCUUACUGAUUAUGUGAUAAAAUACAUAUAUAAUAUAAAGUAUAUCUAUUUUGUCCUUAAACAUGCUGAAUGGUUGUUGAAACAACUCUGAUUUUGUAAUAUUUAACAAUCUAGAUGGAGCUUGUCAGUAUUAUGUGGUUAGUUUGUAUUUCCUAGUGACUUACAAAAUAAGAUCUCCUAUUCCAUGUA